CUGAUUCCAAGUCAUGCAAGGUACCUUCCAAGAAGUACCCCACGUCUCCGAGACAACCUUGAAGCUUAGAUGUAGUCGUGAGCUUGAAAUCUACGUAUAAACAACCCUCGCGCCAAUUACCUACAUUUGAAAUCAAAGGCUAGCUGUAGAAAUGCCACCGCUCACGGCUCCUCCAAACCUCCCGGCCUUGGUCAGAGACGCGUUUAUAAGAGCGCAAGGUAGCGGUGACCUGAUCUAUUAUCCAACACAGGUUGCCAUCGUGACUAUUGGAUCGCUCACUUUUCAACUCCGCUAUUCGCCUGCUCUUGCUCAGAAACCGAAGCCACCCAAACCCGUAGAGCCAAACGCAAGACCUUUCAAUCCCUUCGAGAACCCCUCUCCCGCCUUGCUCGUAGCGCAACUGCCACCCUCCCAUAGGCUGAUUCUGAACAAGUUUGCCAUCGUGCCAGAGCAUUUCAUACUCGCUACUAGAGACUUCAAACCCCAAACACAUCUUCUAGAGCCAGGCGAUAUCGAUGCAGCAUAUGCUUGUGUACAAGCCUACCGUAGUGCCGAUCAGGAUUUAUUCGUCUUCUUCAAUUCUGGAGAUCAUUCAGGUGCAAGCCAGCCGCAUCGACACCUUCAACUACUGCCCGUUGAUUGUAUGAAGCUUGGUUUGGAGAACACCGAGAAUGGAAGUGAAUGGGCUAUACUUGCGGAUAAAGUACAUGGAAAUCAGGAGGCUCUACCAUUUACCGUCUUCACAUCUCCCAUCAGUGCGGAAAUGAGUGCCGAGGAUAGACAUCUUGCCUACUUGUCGCUAUAUAAGCGCGCAGUUCAUGCGGCCAUGACUAAUGUAGAGGCGGUCGACGAAGGUGAGGCUCAGAUAAGUUACAAUUUUGCCAUGACAAACACAUGUAUGGCUCUUUGCCCGCGGACUGCAGAGGGAACGGCUGUGAAGGACAGCAGUGGAAAUAAAAUCGGUGACGUAAGUCUCAACGGCACAGUGCUAGCGGGCACCGCCCUUGUAAAAAAUCAAGCCGAAUGGGAUGCUCUAAGAACGAACACCGAUAUGUUGCACGGGGUGUUGGAGGGCAUUGGGAUACCCUCCAAAAUGGUUUGACAGUAACAGUCCCUCAAGCAAUAAAGGGUCAUGGGUUGCUGUCUAUAUGCGAACGAAUCAAAACCAAUACACUAUAUUUAAUUACCUUCCUCCUGCUCAACAAGCUCAUCCCACUUCUUCCGACAUGUCGCAUUGCCGAAAUGGUAAGAGCCGUC